AUGGGCUCGAUAGAGAACGGGGUGCAGGCCCAGAAGGGUGUCGAGCAAGAUGACUUGGUCAUGCCGUUGAUCGACUUCGGGGCGUUUCUGCACGGUGACAGGCCCACGAAAAAGGCGACGGCCGACCAGAUCUUGCACGCCUUCACGACGUCCGGGUUCCUGUACCUCCAGAACCACGGGGUGCCGCAGGAGAUGGUGUCGCAGGCGUUUUCGCAGUCGGCGCAGUUCUUCGCCCGGCCACAGGCGCAGAAGGACACGUUGGGCUGGACCACGCCGGACGCGAACCGCGGCUACGUGACAUGGGGCCGGGAGAAGGUGACGCAGUCCAGCGACCCGGAGGAGAUCGCGCGGCUGCGAGCCUCGAACCCCGACCUGAAGGAGUCGAUGGAGAUCGGGCGUGAAGGCGUCCCGGGCCUGCCAAACCGCUGGCCGACCGAGCUGGACGAGGCGGGCGCCCAAUUCACCCGCGACAUGCAGCGCUUUUUCCUGACGCUCAAGGACCUGCACGUCAACGUGAUGCGCGCCAUCGCCACGGGCAUGGGCCUGGACGACGAGCACUUCUUCGACAGCUACACCGAUGCCGGCGACAACACCCUGCGCCUGCUGCACUACCCGCCCGUCAAGCGGAGCGUGUGGCGCGACAACCCGUUCCAGGUCCGCGCCGGCGAGCAUUCCGACUACGGCUCCAUCACCCUACUGUUCCAGGACCACGUCGGCGGACUGGAAGUCAAGUCCCCGCACGGCACUUGGGUGCGCGCCACUCCGAUCGACGGCACCAUCGUCGUCAAUGCCGGCGACCUGCUGGCCCGCUGGAGCAACGACCUCAUCAAGUCCACCAACCACCGCGUCAUCCAGCCUCCUCCGCCCAAGGAUGUCGAAGCAGACAACGACCCGGAAGCCCUGAUCCCCGCCCGCUACAGCAUCGCUUACUUCUGCAAUCCCAACUUCGACCGCCUAAUCGAGGCCCUCCCCGGCACCUGGGAGAAGUCGGCCAAGAAGUACGAGCCCAUCAACAGCGGCGACUAUCUGGUCAGGAGACUCGCUGCCACGUACUGA